AUGUAUAUGUUUUUUAUAUGUAUUCUUUAAAUGAUUUCGUGUAAUUUGAGGCCGAGUUCAGUAAUUUAAAGCGUAAUAUAACCGUUGAUUUCUUCCUGAACGAUUGGAAAUGCUAUCCAUUCAUUCCAUUGCUUUUGCUUUCUCCAAAACCAGCUUGCUCAAACUACACAAUACUAGUACUUUUCCAGAACAGCCAAACUCUGAAACGGGUCAACUUUGUUCCUUCCCUCCAAACUUACCCUUUUCUUGGGAACCGUAACUCUCUCUCCCUCUCUCUCGGGAAAUUGAAAAAAGAAAGAAUUUUGUUUGAGUAUUUGUUGUUUGCUUGUGAAAGGGAAAAGUGGAAGUUUUGAUCUGUUUUGAAAGCCACCCGCGAAGCCCAAAGUAGUUGUACACAAUGUCGUUUAUGUAAUUUCACUUUUUGUCUCUAUUUCUCUGUGUAUACUUAUCUGGGUAUUUCGCAGAUUUUCUUUGUGAAAAUAUGAUGGUGUUGAAGUAGAACUUGUUGUGGUUUUGUAAGUUUUUUUGAGGUUUCCAAUGAAGAGGGUUUUUGGGUUUCGAGGUUGGUUGGCUUAUUUUGAGCGUUUUGAUAACUUUGGUUGGUGUUCUAGUUCUGGGUCUUCGAUUCUGAUGCUUAGUUAAUGGCUGAGGGGUCCAAAGUUCGGUUGGUUCGCUGCCCCAAGUGUGAAAACCUCUUACAAGAGCCCGCUGACUUCUCUGUUUACAAGUGUGGUGGUUGUGGUGCUGUUCUCCGAGCGAAGAAGAAAGCGCUGGGGAAUGCUGGGGUUUUGGAGAAAUCUGAUGAGACGAGGGGUAGAAGCGGUUCUGAUAUAUUGGAGAGUUUUUCAGAGAAAGGGGGUGGUAGUUUAGGUAGUUCUUCUGAGACUGAGAGGGAGAGCGAUGGGAUUGAAGUGAACAGGAGGAAAGAGGGAGUAUUUGGAGAACAAACAGUUAAUUCGAUUGGUAAUUCUUUAUCAAAAGCAAAGAAUAAAGAGGCUUUGAUAAAUAAUGAUAGAAAUGUUAGGGAAGAGGUUAAGGUCUUAAGGCUUGAACACAGUGCCACAGAGAAAGAAAUUGGGUUUCUUGAUAGAUAUACGGGACUGUCCGAACGUCCGGAUGACUUUUGGGUUGGUGGAGAUGAUCAUGAUAUUAACAUGAAUAGGUCUGAGUUUGCUAAUUUGAGUACUAGAGAACACUUGGCCCGGUUAAGGAAUUCGGCAGGGUCCUUGAGAUCGGUGGCAAAUAUGGAGCAGUGGGGUGUGGAAAGAGAUGGGUUUGGGGGAUUUUACAGAAACUCCAGGACAGCUGCUGAUCAGAGGGGAUAUCCAACUUUUGCUUAUCCUGAUGAGGGACCCUCAAAUUACAAGCCAGAAUCGUUUUAUGGCUAUGGCGAGCGGAUGAAGCAUGGUGAUGAGCUGGAUGGGACUGACAGAGUUGAACAUUUAGAGCAGAAUCGAGCUGAACUCCUCAGGAAGUUGGAUGAGUUGAAGGAUCAACUUAGCAGAUCUUGUGAUGUGGAAAAUAAACCAACCGUCCCUGUUGAUAGGACUCCACCUGAUCCUUAUGGUGGCCGGGAUAUAUAUAAUGUUUCUAUGCAGCCUUCUGGCCUGGAUAAGCAUGUUCCUAGGCCCCCUUAUUUCAAUCAUACUCGUGAAACUAUUCCUUUUAUGAAUCGCCAAAACAUGGAUAUGCCGAACUUCUAUCCUCCUCCAAGGCAUGUCAUGAAUGAGUUUCCUGCAUAUGAGGAUCCUUAUCGGCCACAAAUGACAAAGAGGCCUCUCCAUCAACCAUCCAGUCAAUAUCCACAACGACCACCUCAUGAAUACUUGCAAGGGCGGUACAUGGAAUUCAAUCAAGAUCCCUUGGCUUCAUAUCAAGCUGAAACAUUUCAUCAUCAGCCCACAUGCUCUUGUGUACGCUGCCUCGACCAGGAUUGGCAAGUUCCCCCAAGAGUGCCACCCACUGUGUUUAGCAAUAGAAGGCUUCAGAAGGACCCUAUCAAUUCCAAUUUCUACCUUCGUGACAAUCUUGGGCCACAAUGUUAUAAUCCUCAAGUUGCCAAUCCUCCUCAGUUGACCUCUCGGGAUCCACGGAUGUACACAAGAUGGCCAGGUGACCUUGACUCAGACAUCGAUGGUCUUGGUCAGGUUUGUCCAAGAAGAGUGGUGGCAGCCCGUGGGACUAUACGGCCUUGCCAUCCUAUAGCAGGUGGUGCCCCAUUCAUAACUUGCUAUAAUUGCUUUGAGUUGCUGAAACUGCCUAAAAAGCUUAAAAUGAUGGAGAAGAAUCGGCAGAAACUGCGAUGUGGUGGCUGUUCAACUAUAAUCUUGCUUGAAAUUUUGAAUAAGAAGCUAAUUAUAUCUGUUCCUGAAGAAAUCAAGCCAUUAUCUGCGGAGGCUGAUGACGGUUCUGAAGAGGUAUCUAAUGAAAGCCCUCCAAGUUCUCAUGGUUGUUCGAAUGCUGGCAACAUCAACUCCCGCUCUGAUGAUUUUGAUAAUUCUGGUUAUAAGUCUGAUUUGAAAGAUAAUAGAGACUAUUUGCAGUCAGAAGACUGGAGGUUGAACUUAAGUGAAUCUGAGAAAAGACAUGGCCUCACUUCAUCUUCCAUUUCUUCCUCUGAGGAGGAGAGCCCAGAUACUGUGAUUGUCCAGGGAGAUGAUUCUCGCUCUGCUGAGCAGCCCUUAAGAAAUGACUUGUCUCCAACACUUUCAGGUUCACCUUUGCAUGGUCAUUCUUAUUGUCCUUCUGAUCAUGCAGUGGUCAAAUAUGGGCAGGGAAACAACAGUAAACGCAUGGACCAAGACAAGGUGGUUCUUAGUAGGAUCACUUCUCGACAAAAUUCUUUCAAAGAUGCGCCAGUGGCAACUGAGUCGGAAGUUUCAUACAAUGAUUAUCUUAAUACAAGUUUAUCUCAUGACUCUGUGGAGGUAAGCGAGGAAAAGGAUCAACCCAAGAUUGACAAGGGUAUUGAAUCAUUCUUUGUGGGUUUCAUCAAGAAGAGCCUUAGAGAAUUCUCAAGGUCUGCUCAAAAUCUGGAAAAUGAAAGACCUAAUGUUUUAGUUAAUGGGCAACCUAUACCAGACCGUUUGGUUAAGAAGGCUGAAAAACUAGCUGGGGCAAUUCAGCCAGGAGAUUAUUGGUAUGAUUUCCGAGCUGGAUUCUGGGGUGUGAUGGGCCAACCUUGCCUUGGCAUAAUUCCUCCAUGUAUUGAAGAAUUCAAACAUCCCAUGCCAACAAAUUGUGCUGAUGGAAAUACAGGUGUGUAUGUUAAUGGGAGAGAGCUUAAUGAGAAAGAUCUGGACCUACUUGCCAGCAGAGGACUACCAACUACUAGAGAUAAAUUUUAUACUGUUGAGAUUUCUGGGAGCGUUGUAGAUGACGACUCUGGCAAAGAACUAAAAAGCCUGGGCAAACUUGCCCCUACAGUCCUGAAGGCAAGACAUGGAUUCGGCAUGAAAGUUCCCAAAAGGCUUGUGAUUUGAGAUUUUGUCUGAUUUGAUGACCUUAUUAAUUUGAGGGUACUUCAGAUUUCUUUGAAUGAAAUUGAGGGACAAUCACCCCUUAUAGUGUUGCUAUGUAUCAUAUCCUUAGGUGCUGUGUUCUAAUGGAAGAUGUAAGGCGAAAAUCAUUUGUAACAAUUCAAAUUUUCACAAAAUUACCUAUGUUCAUGUUCA